CCGGCACUCCGAUUAUCGGCCAUUUGAAUCUGCGACGACAGCAAGUUCAAAAAAGAACAUUUCAAGACAAAAAGAGCUACCGUCUUUCUAACUUCCCCUCCUAACCUAUCUUCGCCCGUUCGUCUGAAUUCAAUCAUUUUUUAUUGUUGAUUGCUUUGUGUGAUCCUGCCACUUUCCUACACGAACAAAACCCGGCGACCAUAUUGACCUACCGGCUUCUUCUCCAACUACAUCUGUCUUGACCCUAUUUUGUUUGCGUGGUGUCAAUCAUUCGUGAUACCGACUUUCAGUCCUUUCCAGAUUCCAAAAAAAAUGCCUGGAGCAGAAAGCACUCCGCAGACCUUGUACGACAAGGUUCUGCAAGCACACGUGGUCGAUGAGAAGCUCGACGGCACAGUCCUCUUGUACAUCGACCGCCACCUUGUACAUGAGGUCACAUCACCUCAAGCAUUCGAGGGCCUCAGGAAUGCAGGCCGUAAAGUGCGGAGACCCGACUGCACCUUGGCCACCACAGACCAUAACGUCCCCACGACUUCACGGAAAGCUCUCAAGGACAUUGCCAGCUUCAUCAAAGAGGACGACUCAAGGACCCAAUGUGUGACUCUGGAGGAAAAUGUCAAGGAGUUUGGCGUCACAUAUUUUGGCCUCAGCGACAAGCGCCAGGGUAUUGUGCACGUCAUUGGCCCUGAGCAAGGCUUCACGCUCCCCGGAACAACGGUUGUGUGUGGAGACAGUCACACGUCUACCCAUGGCGCCUUUGGAGCCCUUGCCUUUGGUAUCGGUACCAGCGAGGUUGAGCACGUGCUGGCCACUCAGUGCUUGAUCACCAAGAGGAGCAAGAACAUGAGGAUACAAGUCGACGGCGAGCUGGCUCCUGGUGUCAGCUCCAAGGAUGUCGUGCUUCAUGCAAUCGGUAUCAUUGGUACCGCUGGAGGCACCGGGGCUGUCAUCGAGUUCUGUGGUUCCGUCAUCCGCAGCCUCAGCAUGGAGGCCCGCAUGUCAAUCUGCAACAUGUCCAUCGAGGGAGGUGCCAGGGCUGGCAUGGUAGCCCCUGACGAGAUCACCUUCGAAUACCUCAAGGGCCGCCCGCUCGCUCCGAAGUACGACUCGCCCGAGUGGCACAAGGCUACCCAAUACUGGAAGAACCUUCAGUCCGACCCAGGUGCCAAAUACGAUAUUGAUGUCUUUAUUGACGCCAAAGACAUUGUACCAACCUUGACAUGGGGCACAAGUCCCGAGGAUGUUGUUCCGAUCACCGGCGUUGUUCCUGAUCCUGAGACGUUUGCUACCGAAGCGAAGAAGGCGGACGGGCGACGCAUGCUGCAGUACAUGGGACUGAAGGCGGGUACUCCCAUGGAGGACAUUCCGGUCGACAAAGUCUUCAUCGGCUCCUGCACCAAUUCCAGGAUUGAGGAUCUCCGUGCUGCUGCCGCGGUCGUAAAGGGCCGGAAAAAAGCACCCAAUGUUAAGAGCGCCAUGGUGGUGCCGGGAUCGGGCUUGGUCAAGACUCAAGCUGAGGAGGAAGGCCUGGACAAGAUUUUUGAGGAGGCCGGCUUUGAAUGGCGCGAGGCUGGCUGCAGUAUGUGCCUUGGCAUGAACCCAGAUAUUCUCGCUCCCCAGGAGCGUUGUGCCAGUACCAGCAACCGCAACUUCGAGGGUCGCCAGGGUGCAGGCGGCCGCACUCAUCUCAUGUCCCCAGUCAUGGCUGCUGCUGCUGGUAUCGUCGGUAAGCUUGCAGAUGUGAGAAAGUUGACCGAUUACAAGGCCAGCCCUCACAUUGCAGCUUACCAGAAAUCGACAGUGACAAAGCCCCAUGUGGAUGAGCGGAUCAACCAAGAUGCGCAUGAGAAAGAUAUCAUUGCUGAUAUUCCUGAGGACAACAACGGCCCUCACACCAACACCUCUGCCAGUGUUGGCACUUCAGCAGGGCUUCCCAAGUUCACCAUUCUCAAGGGUAUAGCGGCUCCGCUGGAGAAGGCUAAUGUUGACACCGACGCCAUCAUUCCCAAACAAUUUCUCAAGACAAUCAAGAGGACAGGCCUUGGAAAUGCUCUGUUCUAUGAGAUGAGGUUCAAUGAGGACGGCACUGAGAAGAGCGACUUUGUUCUCAACAAGGAGCCGUACCGGAAAGCCAGUAUUCUGGUUUGCACGGGUGCCAACUUUGGAUGUGGGAGCUCUCGUGAGCAUGCGCCAUGGGCUCUCAACGAUUUUGGCAUCAGGAGCGUCAUUGCCCCGUCGUUCGCAGAUAUAUUCUUCAACAACUCCUUCAAGAACGGCAUGCUGCCGAUCCCUAUCAAGGACCAGGCUCAGAUCGAGGCCAUCGCCGCCGAAGCCAGGGCGGGCAAGGAAAUCGAAGUUGACCUCCCAAACCAGCUGAUCAAGAACGCAACCGGCGAGACGAUCUGCACUUUCGAGGUGGAGGAGUUUAGGAAGCACUGCUUGGUCAAUGGUCUCGAUGAUAUCGGCUUGACCAUGCAGAUGGAAGACAAGAUCGCCGAGUUCGAGGCCAAGAUGACCAGGGAGACUCCCUGGCUCGACGGAACUGGCUACCUCAAGCGAAAGGGUCAAGGUGGUAAGCUCGCAGCCAAGGCUGUGCCCGUGCCUACCACCAACAGGGGCGAGGAGAAGAAGGAGCCGCUUGAGUGGUGACGGCUUCCUAAACGAAGUGUUGUCGAAAACGAAAGGCGUUAAUCGGUUCAACUGGUGAAAAACUAUUAUUCGGUUGGGAUUUAUGAAAUAACCCUGCGAAAGGGACUCUCGUUGAGCUUGCGAUUAUUGUACUGCGAUAUCAGUGUGGGAAAUUUUCUGCGUCAGACUUUACUGUAAUGCUCUUCUUCUUCAAGAAAGAUCUUAGUGUUUUGAUUUUCUACAAUGAGACGACCAAUACACAAACCGCCUGGUAAUUAAAAGACCUAGGGUGCUCAUGACGCA